AUGAUUGCAGGGGGAACGGAUACAACCACCGUAACAGUAACAUGGGCGAUCGCUCUUCUACUAAACCACCGCCACGUACUGCGCAAGGCGCAGGAGGAACUCGACGGCGUCGUCUCGAAGGAAAGAGCGCUGACGGAAGGGGACAUCGGGAAGUUAAUUUACCUGCAAUCCAUCGUUAAAGAGACGAUGAGAAUGUACCCGCCGGCGCCUCUGUUGGCGGUGCGGGAGUUCGUCAGGGACUGCGACGUGGCAGGUUACAGGGUCCGGAAGGGCACGUGGCUGAUGGUGAAUGCAUGGAAGAUUCAGAACGACCCAAGCAUGUGGCCGGAGCCGACGAGAUUCAAGCCGGAGAGAUUCCUGACGGCGGAGUAUCUGAUGUCCGUGGCAAUGAAGGGGGAGAGUGGAAUGCUUGUCUCCGCUCCACCUAGCAUCGGAACCUUUGGAAUAAGAUUGGCAAUUUGGAAUCGUGUUAAGGCAUAA